AUGGACCAAGGCCGUUCGUGGCAUGACGGCGAAGCCGUUGCCACGCAACAGGUGUCAUGGCAACCAUCCACAGACGGCGAGCGUCUCAUUGGCCGUAUUUUGCUGAACAAGACCACCAAGGACGGAUCCAUUCAUGCAGACGCCAGCGCUCUGCUCGGGCUCAAGGUGGUUGGCGGUAAAGUGACGGAUUCCGGUCACCUGGGCGCGUUCAUCACUAAAGUGAAACAAGGGAGUCUGGCGGACAUUGUGGGACAACUGCGACCAGGUGAUCAAGUGCUGGAGUGGAACGGUCACCUUCUACAAGGAGCUACCUUCGACGAAGUUUACAACAUCAUCCUGGAGUCCCAAUCGGAGCCGCGAGUGGAGCUGUUGGUAUCGCGACCAAUCAGAGCGGCAGACUCCGCCCAUCGCCAGCCUGUCUCCAGUUCCUUUGAGUCUCCCAUAAGUCCAAACGCCAUGCAACCUCAGACGGCGAGCAAGUGUGUUUUGCUUCCCAGACUUCAGGUGAAGCUGUGGUACGAUAAACUUGGCCAUCAGUUAAUGGUCACCGUCCUGGGAGCUAAAGAACUUCCCGUCCGGGUCGACGGGCGGCCUCGGAACCUUUACGUUGAAAUCUACUUACUUCCCGACAGAAGUGCUCAGAGUAAGCGGAGGACAAAGACGGUGAAAAAACUGGCAGAACCUCGGUGGAAUCAGACUUUGGCGUACUCUCCGGUCCACGAACGGGACUUGCGAGAGCGUGUGCUGGAGUUGACCGUGUGGGAUCAGGCUGGAGUCGCUGAGGAAGGGAGUCAGUUCCUUGGAGAGGUUGUGAUCGGGCUGGAGAAAAGCACCGUAUUGGACGAUCAGCCUCACUGGUUCAAACUUCACAGAAGUAGUUUUGCCUCCCUACCACGAGUCAACACUUCUCCCUACCUCCAGAGGAGACGACUGUCGCCGGGGAGGUUGCAAAGUUUUCCCGCUUUUUUUUCUGCAGGUUUUCAUAGGUUAAGCAACGGAGACUUUUCCGAUUAUGACUAUGAGGAAGGCGUGUUAGACACCCGGCAGGGCAGCCGGCACCUCUACACCGAACGCGGGCCACCCGCCUUGCGCUGUGACCCAAACCCGGUCAGCGCAGCCCCUCUUUAUCCGCUGUAUCGCAACGACGCCGUCCAUCUACUACGGUCCUCCAAGAUCACUCGAGCUCAUUCGGACGUCGGACGCCGCGGGAGCCUGGAUAACCAGAACUUUAUCCCAGACUUACAUUGGGAAGGAGAACUCUUUGACGAGGAGCUGCUGAGGGUCGAUGGGUCGCUCCAGAUGAGUCCUUGCGGAAGCCCCGAUUGCGGCCACCGAGGACGCCAGUUGCCCGCAGUCCCGCCCAAACGUGCGCCGGACACACCGAGCUGCUCUCCAGCUCCCCCAGUUGCGAGCUGCUCUCCAGCUCCGCCCCCUCAGACGCCAGAGCUGGAGAGACGCUCUGCCACGCCCGGAAGCAGCAGGAAAGAGGUCACAUGGGAGGACCAGAGGAUGAAAGCAGCAAAUGGUGAGAUGAAGGAUCCAGACAAGACACGGGACAGCCUGUCGUUGAAGUCAUCUCUCAGCAACUUGAGCGACUGGUCGACCGAGUCCGCCAUCCUCGACAACAUUCGAAGCAUUAGCCAGGUGGGCGGUUCGGAGGGUCCGGAGGGUCUGGACGUUCCUUCUGAGGACUCCGGGAUGGGAUCGGCAGAAAAACCCACCCUGCAGACCAACGAAUCCAUGGAGGAAGGAGAGGAGGAGCCAGAGUCAACCAAGUCGGCCGCUGCACCAGCCACUAAGCCCGCCAAUGCGGGCGGCGACGUUUGUUCCCUGAGCCGUAACGACGAUGAUGAUGAUGACAAGAAGCGGCGAUCUAGUUUGGGCGCUCGAGUGAUGGGCAUGGUGGGACUGGGAAAAAAGAGCCAAAGCGCCUCGCAACUCAAUCCGGAGGAGGAAGAGAAGAAGAAGAAAGUGGUGAGGCUUCCCGUUCAAAGAAGCGUGGAAACCGGACUGGCUGUAGAGUUCAAGGCUCGUUUCACCCGCCAGCCCAGCCGUGAUCCAGACGCAGAGGACCCCAAGCCUGGCGCGUUGAUCUUUCCGGGAGUCAAGCUGGCCUCAGACAAACACUUCACUGGCUUCCUCGAUGGCUUGGGUCCUGCCCAGCUGGCUGGCAGGCAGACGUUGGCCACGCCUCCCAUGGGAGACAUCCAGAUCGGCAUGGUCUACAGGAAGGAGCGCCUCGAUGUGGAGGUGAUCCGGGCGAGGGGGCUUGUGGGUAAACAAGGAAACAAAAACACACCAGCUGCGUAUGUGAAGGUCUACCUGAUGGACAACGGCAAAUGUCUGUUGAAACGAAGAACUCGUCUGGCCCGAAAAACGCUGGAUCCUCUUUAUCAACAACAGCUGCAGUUUGAAGAGAAUCCAGAAGGCAAAGUUCUGCAGAUCAUCGUGUGGGGUGAUUAUGGCAAGAUGGACCAUAAAUCCUUCAUGGGCGCUGCUCAAGUUCUACUGGAUGACUUGGACCUGUCCAUCAUGGUAAUUGGCUGGUUUAAACUGUUUCCCGCCACUUCCCUGGUGGACCCCGCUUUGGCGCCGCUGACGAAUAAGGAGACGGAGAGCAGCAGUGCGCCGUAAAGCAAACCAAAAAAAGAGGACGUGUACAAAGCGCCUCGUCGGCUGCGGCCUGGAUUAGCGCGAGCUAAAGGCUAGCAAGUCAUAAAACGGCCAGAGCAAGGAUAUGCGACACUGCUUUCAGUUUAUCUUCCAUAAA